UGACAAGGAUGAUUAUCUGAUUAUCUUGCGUGCAGGGGGGGGUUCUGAUUUUCCUGCUUUUUAGAGUAUCCUGAUUUUUGUUUCUCUUUGCUUGCCACAGAAAAAGCCAAAGCUUCAAACGGUUGCGUCUUAGUCCACUGUUUAGCCGGAAUAUCCCGCUCAGCCACAAUUGCCAUUGCCUAUAUAAUGAAAAGGAUGGACAUGUCCUUAGAUGAGGCCUACAGGUUUGUGAAAGAGAAGAGGCCGACCAUUUCUCCUAACUUCAACUUUCUCGGCCAGCUUCUGGACUUUGAAAAGAAGAUCAAGAACCAGGGAGGCACCGGCGGGCUUGUUAGCAAACUCAAGCUUUUGCAUUUGGAAAACGGCAGCAACCACGGAGCAGGUGGUGGACCCCUACGGGCCUCUUCUCAGCUCUGGGCUUCCUCUACCUCAGAGAAGGUGGAGACGAAAGCCCCGGAGCCAGGAAAGCCAUCAGCUCCCACUCUCCCACCAUCUGCAGAGGGCGGCUCCUUGGUGCAAGGCCGAACUGGGUUAAACGUCCCCUCCGAUAAAGUUGAAGACAGCAACAGAUUGAAGCGGUCAUUUUCCUUGGAUAUCAAGUCCGUCUCGUGCGCCGCCGGCAACGCUUGCCUUACGGCUUCAGGACCAGGCUAUCCUUCCUUGGAAGACACGUUGGAGUUCUACAAGCAUUCGGCCACUUUGGAAGCGGGCGGCAAGUUGUGCCAGUUCUCUCCAGUCCAGGAGGUUUCAGAACAGACCCCCGAGGGCAGCCCCGAUAAAGAACACACCAAGCUGCCAGAGAAGUCCCACCAGGGUUGGCAGCCCGACAGCCAGAGCAAGCGGCAGCAUUCGGGAAGGACCAAUUGUUCUGCUCAGAGGUCAUCCUUGUACCCGUUGCAUCGAAGCGGGAGCAUGGAAGAUAAUUACAGAACCAACUUCCUCUUCGGCCUUUCGGCCAGCCAGCAACAUCUGGCCAAGUCUGCAGCUGGGCUGGGUCUCAAAGGCUGGCAUUCGGACAUCUUAUCUCCUCAGACCUCUGCGGCUUCCCUGACCGGCAGCUGGUAUUUCACCGCCGAUCCUUCCCAUAUUUAUUCCGCUUCAGCCAUAUACGGGAGGAGCGCCACCUAUUCGGCCUUCAGUUGCAGCCAGCUACCCACGGGGUGCGAGCAAACGUAUGGGGUGCGCAGGAGAGAAAAACACGGGGAGCGAGGCGACUCCCGGCGGAGCUGGCACGAGGAGAGCUCUUUUGAGAAGCAGUUCAAGCGGAGGAGUUGCCAGAUGGAAUUUGGGGAAAGUAUCAUGUCAGAGAACAGGUCCCGAGAAGAACUUGGGAAAAUGGGAAGCCAAUCCAGCUUUUCAGGCAGCAUGGAGAUUAUUGAAGUUUCUUGACUCUCUUCGUUGAUUUCCUGUCCCCCCCCUCCCAUUCCUUCUGUCCCAAUUUUCUAUAAAACAAUUCCCUGUAAAUCUGAAAUUUCAGAAUACUGUUCAGCUCCGGUAUGGACGAAAUUUAACAAAAACUGAUUGCGUGUGCGUGCCUGCGUGUGUGGCUUUUGUGUGUGUGCAUGCACGCACAGAGGCCCCGUGAGUGUAUUCAAGAGGGAUUAAAUGGUAAAAUUUUAAUUUUUGCAAUAUAGACAAUCAGCUCUUUUCUUGCCUUGCACGUUCUCAUCACCUUAAGGCAAAA